AUGUCGGACCAUCAUCUCAGGGCCGUGCCUCUCGUGACUACCACCCAGGCGAUCGCAAAGGCGCUGGCUGGUCGACACAUGUCCGAGCGCCCAGCUCCCCGCCACCAGCGAGUGCCGCUUGAUGAUGAUCGUCCCGAUGUAUACGAGGCUAUCCUGCUCGCUCCAGGUGAGAACAAGAUCGAUGUCGAGAUCGAUACCCGAAUGCCCAAUGCCGCCAUCUUCACCUUCCACAAGGAGGACCACACCCUCGCCAACCUGCUUCGCUCCCGUCUGAUCAAGACCCCCCACGUCAUUUUCGCUGCCUACAAGGUCCCCCACCCGUUGACUCCCAACUUCCUCCUGCGCGUCCAGACUGACGGUGAAGUCACUCCGCGCGAGGUUGUCAUCAACGCUUGCCACGCACUGAUCAAGGACCUGGGCAUUUUGUCGCGCGAGUUCACCAAGGAGUACGAGCUCCGCAAGGCGGCCAAUGCUGCCAACUUACAGCAACAGAAUGCGGUCGAGUAA